AUGAAAUAUUUCGCUGUCUUGUUAUUGGCCAUUGCUGCCUGCAUUGCUACAACAUCGGCCCUUAAGAAUAAAUUGUGCGGCCAGAAACCUUUCAAAAACAGUGAUGGUUUCAGAACAUGCAUGGGUUACUUCCUCUCAUGGUCAUAUGUAAAGGAAUCCAAUGAAUGUGUUAAUUUCGUUUAUGGCGGCUGUUUUGGUAAUGGCAAUCGUUUUGAGUCCUUGGCCGAUUGUGAAAAUAAAUUCGGAAUUAUUUCCUCUUCAAAAGCCCUUAAACAAGAUCGCUGUGGCUUGUUGCAUUCGAAAAAUGGUGACAACGGUAUAAUGUGUGAAACAUAUUUUCCAUCGUGGACCUAUAAGGCCGAUACCAAUGAAUGCAUCUAUUUUGUUUACGGUGGUUGUGGCGGCAAUGCAAAUCGUUUUGAAUCUCAAGAGGAGUGUGAAAGGGAAUAUGUCUGCCAAUUGGAACAUUCCGUAGAUGGUUAUAAUGGCACAGCUUGUUUUGCUCAUUUCCCAUCCUGGUCUUAUAAUGCCGAUACGAAUGAGUGUGAGAAAUUUAUUUAUGGAGGAUGCGGCGGAAAUGCCAAUCGUUUUGAAACCUUAGAAGAUUGUGAAAGAACUUGUCGGAAAUAA